UUUUUUAAAAGUGUGGGGGCUGGCUUGAGAGGUGCCACUUGCACAGUGGCUGAGACAGCAGGAGACUGGGCAGGAGGAUCAGGACGUGAGACCCUGUCAGAACUUUCUUUCUAUUUCUCUCCCUCAUUUAAAAAAAAAAAAAAGAGGAAGAAAAUGUGUGUUUUAAGAAGAGAAAAAUGAAUGUAACAAAAUGUUAAUGAUUGUUGACUUGUAAGUGGCCAGUGCAUGGGUGUUCAUUGUACUAUUCCAAUUUUUCUGUGUUUAUAAUAUUCAGAAUUAAAAUCAUGUAGAGAAAAAAAAAAAACCUGAAUUUCUCUCAGAAUAUUUGAGCUUGGAAUUUUUAGGUGGGUUAUUAGGAAGUAGUGGUAAUUAUUAGCUCACUUGAAUUAUCUGAUAUGCCACAGAAUGUGAACACUACAGGGCUUUAGAGGUUGCAUAGCAGGUCGUUUUCAUGCAGACGUGGACAUAGUUCUGCCAGUCACUGAGUCACUGGUUUUAAUCAUACAGCGAGCCAGUAGAGCUCAGACAGUGGAUUUAACUCUCCUGUUUUCCAGGGUUUUUCUCCUCCCACUCCCCUGGAUUCUGUCUGAGAUAAAGUUGAGUGAAGGAGAGCAUCGUGUGUAACUUUUCUCUCUGGUGUAGCAUCAGUGCGUGCCCCCAUUGCUACUGAGUUGUGGACCGCUGGGCUUGCUGGUCUGCAGGGCAGGAGCCCAUCAACACCCUCGGCCUUGCUCAUCGUUGCUCUCCUGGAGAUCAUUUGAUGUACGGUUGGGGUUGUAUGUUUUCGGUCACUGAUUUUUUUUAAUAUUCUCCAGUUUAAGCUACGAAGACGGACAUGCCUCGCAGUCUGAAGCAGAUCUCCAGAGGCAGACUUUCCCAGCCUCUCGUCAGCUCUCCGGAUACACUCCCACGCCUCAGCCAGCCGGUCUUCCCGGAAUAUUUGACACUAGUGUGGAUAGCGCCAGCACCGACGCUAAAGAGCCCGCCGUGAUGGACUUCCUCCCCGCCGCUGAACCACGGCCUGCCCAGGCUGCCUCGGGAACUACUCCGUUAAGGCCUGCCCAGGCUGCUGCCUCGGGGACUACUACUCCCUUACCGCAGUUCCGGGCUCCGUCCUGGCAGACAGGCCUGCAUCCCUCAGCAGCAGCUGAGCUGUUUGUUACUGGCCCUCUGCCAAGCACCGGGACACUUCCGCCGACUGCCCUCUCUGCUUAUCAGCAUCCCACCACCUUCAGCAAUAGAAACUUCACCACCACCUCACCUUUGGUGCUUCAAGAUUCAGAUUUCAACACUACAGCCAACGGAAUUUUAAGUCCUCACGACCCUUUGCUACAGAUCAAGACUUCCCAGGGAACUGUUCCAACUGCUUUGGCAUUUGAGCGCCUGGGCAGUUCUGCAUUAAGUAACAGCAUGCCACCGCAGUCUUCAACAUACCGCUCUGCUCAGGAGUCUGCACCCCAUCUUUUACAACCUCAAUUUAGUUUGUUGCCUUCUGCACUUGGGGGAGCCCAGCCAACUCCUCAAGCCUACAGUUCAGCUCUCUUUACUGGUUCUGCCGCUUCCAUCGAAAGGGCUCUUCUUCGAGAAUGUAGUGUUAUUAAACACCAUCCGCGGCCUUCAGGUACCCAGUCUGUUCCAGCACAACUGACUGGACCCCGGCAUUCUUUGCAUGGUUACCUGUCAAACACAAGUCUAGUUAAUUUUCAGGAAACAACCAGGCAGCCAUCUUUAUCUUGUAGCCCGGCUGGAGAUUCCACUCAGUCGAGCAGUGGGGGCUUGCAGCAAAAGGCCUCACAGGUCUCGGUGGAACUGGCUCCAUCUUACUCAUCUGCACCUCCAUCGUCAGGGUAUCCUCCUUCCACUACAAAAGUAAACAGUUGUUCUACACAACAACCACUAACGGCAACUAAGCCCCCCAAACCUCAAAGUAUAAUUCCUCCCAUGCAAACACUAAGCUAUUGCAAACCUUUACACAACCAGAGUUCGGUGAUAUCGGGCCAAGCACAGAUUUAUUCCACAGCGCAGCUACCAAGCCUGUUAUCAGUUAGUCAGUCCCAAAAUUAUGGUUUAGUUCAGCCACAUAAUGUGCCAUCUAUCGUUCAUUCACAGGUUUAUCGGGCCAGCAAAGUUGAGAAAUUGCCACCCUUAUAUAAAACGUUGACUUUUUCUGGGUCAUCUCAGACUGUAGCUUCAGAAAACCAGACCCUUAGUUACUCAUCUAGUCAGCCAGAGGUAUUGUCCUCAGUUACAAACGAGAAUUUCCCUGCUCACACGAGAGGUGCAUCUGCGGUCAGUCAGUCUCAGAGUUACUCAUCCGGUCAUUCUCAGGGUUUAUCACCAGUUAGCCAGACACAGGUCAGUUUCUCAUCUCAGUCACAAGUUCUGUCAGCCGUUAGUCCUCCAGAAAGCUAUGCUUCAGGGCAGUCCUUGACAUUAACAGUCCCUUCCCUGUCUUACUCUUCUGCCUCUCGGGCUCAGAAUUUGCCAGAUUCUAGCCCAACCCAGAACUACAUAUCUGUGCAUUCUUCCCAGAGUGCUCAGCCCGAAGGGCCAUCCUCCCCACAGUCCCACAAGUUUCUUCCUGCUGUCCAGUCACCAUCCUUCGCAUCCUCUGCUCAUCGUCAGACAUUACAGAACAACAUCCCUUCCCCUGACCCAAAGUCUUACGCUGAAAGAAAACUUGACUCAAAUGUCUACACAACCUCGAAGCAAGAUGGCGAUUUUCCAGCGCGAGAAUUACAGGGGCUGCAGCCACAGGCGUCUCUUGAGUCGUCAGCCCCAGGGCUGUCUGAUGGGGACGUCAGUGCGCAGGAAUCCAGUUAUAAGGUACCCGAGGCAGAUGACAGAUUCUCUCAGAGCGUAAUCAGAAGUAAUGCCCGUCUUGAAGAUCAAGUUGCUGGGAUUGCUCUCCAAGGGUCAAAAAAGGAAGAGAACGUGGCUACGUCAGUCCCACAGCUCAACCAGCAAAUUGGCCAGGUCAAUAAUACAACAGCUCUUGAUCUUAAGAAGGCAACCAGCUUAAUGCAGACUCCACAAAUACAGGUGAAUGCUAAAGACUCGAGCCAGCAGCAUUCUCUUCUAUCCAAGGUUCGUGAAGCCAAGGUCCAGGAACAGCAUGAUCAAAUAAUUAAUGCCUCAUCUCAGAUUCCCGUUCCAAACCAUUUAGGGCAUGGGCAUCACGCAGCUCUUCCUAAUGCACAAGUUCUUCUGGAUUCUGCCUGCGACCUGCAGAUUCUCCAGCAGUCCAUACUACAGGCAGGGUUAGGACAGGUGAAGGCAUCUUUACAAGUGCAGCGUGUCCAAAGCCCCCAACAGAUGGUGCAUCCUUUCCUUCAGAUGGACGGCCACGUCAUUCAGAGCAAUGGUGACCAUUCUCAACAGCAGCUCCAUGCUCAGCAUUCCGAGAUGAUGAAAAUGGACCUCUCUGAGUCUUCGAAACAAGAGCAUCUAACAACAAAGGGCCAUUUUAGUGAAACAAACCAACACGAUUCAAAGAAUCAGUUUGUUUCCCUCGGAUCAUUAUGUUUCCCAGAGGCCAUGCUUCUCAGUGAUGAAAGAAAUAUUUUAUCCAACGUAGAUGAUAUCUUUGCAGCCACAGCAGCCGCUUGUGGGGUCACACCUGAUUUUUCCAAGUCAGCUUCAAGUGAAACCAUGCAGGCCAUUGAGGAUGGCGAUUCUAAGCCUCACUUCCAGCAGCCUUUAGAUGUCAGGCAGGUGACUGCAGAUUUUAGCUCCAUCGCAGCUGCAGUCGGAAAGCCCCAGAAUAUAAAUGACAUUUCCUUAGGUGGAAAUCAGGUUGCUGUGAACCUGUCGUCUGCACCCACCCUUCAGUCCAAAGUGAUGCUCGACUCUCAGCCGCAGACUGAAGCUCCUGGUCAAGCCGUACCGACGACAGUCACUUCUGCGACAGUCGGUGCAAGUCCUGAAGCCCAGGAGCCAAGUUUUGACCCUUUCAAAAAACAGCCUGCUACCCAUCAGGAAUCCGAGGAGGACGGCGAGGAUCCUGCUGAUAGCAUGGUAGCCAGCGGCGGAAACCGAGAGCUUGUUUCCAGUAGUAGGAGCGUGAGCGGUGAGAGCGCCAUGUCCGAGGGUGAGCUCCCAGGGGGCGGUGACAGUGCGGCCGCCCCGAGCAGGAGCAGGAGCAGGAGCGCACUCCCGCCGGCUGUGGCGCAGCCCGGAGAUCCCGCCAGUGCCAAGACGGAGGAAGAGAACCACGAUCUGGUGCUUUUUAACCUUCAGAAGAAGAAAGCUAAAAAAAAGGGCCCCGCCGGAGAGGAUGACGCCGGCCAGCAGAAACCGCUGAGAAGGCCCGGUCCCGGCAAGCGGCAGAGCCCAAGGGCAGCCGACCUGGGCCCGGGCCCGCCCGCCGGCGCCGAGAGCUGCCACGACGCCUACCAGCACCAGGAGAGGAUGCGGCAGAAGAUCAGAGAGGUGGAGGAGAAGCAGCCCGAGGUCAGGACCGGCUUCAUUGCUUCUUUCUUGGACUUCCUGAAAUCCGGACCCAAGCAGCAGUUUUCCACCCUUGCGGUGAGGAUGCCUAGCCGGGCCCGACGGCCGGGGCCCCAGGUCGCUCGCUCGUCCUGCCCCCCGCCACUUCUGAGGGCCUCCUCUGCAGCGCCCACCUCCUCGGCGCCCGAAACAGGGAGUAACAGCCCACCAGGAAAAGCGGAUGACGAACUCAAGAACUUGGAGCAUUCUUCGUUUUCUUCGGAUGAGGAAGAUCCCAGAGCGAGCAGUCACGAUGGUCAGAAAAGCAGCUCUGCACUCUUACCGGCUUUGGACACUGCUUCUGACAAGAAGAAAAGAGCAGAAGCCCCACAGGUGGCAACUCCUGGCUCGACAGCUGGUCCCGCCGGACCGGCCACCGCGGCCUCUACCACCCUUAGCGCAGCGCAGCCGGAACCUCUGCUCUCCCCGUGCGCAGGGAGCACCCUGGACAGCGCUCAUUCCACAGAACUCCCAAAGUCCAUGGAACUUGAGGAUCUUCCUUCAGACAAGCGUGCAGAAGGACAGGACUCUGUUGCCAUAGAAGGCUUCACCGAUGAGGAGAGCGCAGAGAGUGGAGGGGAGGGCCAGUACAGAGAGCGCGAUGAGUUCGUGGUCAAGACUGAGGACAUAGAGGCUUUCAAGGAGGCUUUAAAAACAGGAAGAGAACCCCCAGCUAUUUGGAAAGUACAGAAAGCUUUAUUACAGAAGUUUGUUCCUGAACUUAGAGAUAGUCAAAGAGAAUUUGCUGCUACAAAUAGUUACUUGGGAUAUUUUGGAGAUGCAAAGAGUAAAUACAAAAGGAUAUAUGUGAAGUUCAUCGAAAAUGCAAACAAGAAGGAGUAUGUCAGAGUGUGUUCCAAAAAGCCAAGAAAUAAACCUUCACAAAUGAUCAGACCUGUUCAGGCGAAGCCUAGUAGCGGCAGUAAAGCUUCUGAUCCUCCAGCAUCAAAAACUACAACCACGAAAGCCCCUUCCACAAAGCCCAAAGUCAAACAGCUGAAAGUAAGGGCCGAGCCGCCACCAAAGAAGCGGAAGAAGUGGAAAGAGGAGUUUUCUUCCUCCCAGUCAGACUCGUCGCCCGAGGUCCAUUCCAGCAGUAGUGAUGAGGAGGGGCCUGUGUGCUCACCAGAGGGCGACAGAGAGCGAGCAAGAGAGAGAGCCAGCCACCAGGUCCAGAACUUGAACUGCGGAGGCCACAUGGAAUCCUGCACCUCAGCCGAAUUCGAUCCCCCGGCUCCCUUUGUCACUCGCUUUCUGAACACGAGGGCGAUGAAGGAGACCUUCAGGAGCUACAUGGAGCUGCUUGUGAGCAUCGCCCUGGACCCCGACACGAUGCAGGCCCUGGAGAAGAGCAAUGAUGAGCUGCUUUUACCUCAUAUGAAAAAAAUUGAUGGCAUGCUAAAUGAUACCCGGAAGAGACUCCUUCUGAAUCUUCACCUGGAUCAAUCGUUCAAGAAUGCUUUGGAAAGUUUUCCUGAACUAACAAUAAUUACUCGAGACUCUAAAGCAAAAAGUGGAGGAUCUGCUGUUUCUAAAAUCAAAAUGAAUGGCAAAGCAUAUAACAAGAAAACACUGCGGACUUCUAAGACCACCGCCAAGUCUGUUCAUGAGUUUGCUGUCGAUCCAGAGAAAAUACAGUUGUAUUCUUUGUAUCAUUCACUCCAUCAUUAUAAAUACCAUGUAUAUCUGAUAUGUAAGGAUGAGAUUUCUUCUGUGCAGAAAAAAAAUGAAGAUUUAGGACAGGAAGAAAUUGUUCAACUUUGUAUGAAAAAUGUCAAAUGGGUAGAAGACCUAUUUGAGAAAUUCGGAGAACUUCUAAAUCACGUGCAGCAGAAAUGCUCCUAACACUCCCACGGAAGCCCCAUCUUGUUUAUCGCACUAUGGGAAGGCGGAGGGGUGGCCAGAGAGGAUCUGUGUCUGCAGGGGCCUCCCCCAGCACCCACCCCGUCAGGAAACUUCUCAGGGCCUCUGCCGAGGGACAGCAGUGCCGCCCGAGUCAGUCCUGUGGGGUGGACCUGGAUAGAUCCCACCACGUUUUUAUCCUAAUGAAUGAUUUUUCUAUUUUGUAAACCAUUAGGUAACUGAGUAAUUUUCAGAAAGUUUUUUGACAAACGAUGAAGCAUGCACUAAAUAUCAUUUUUCUUUAUUGCUAGAGAAAUAAUACUUCAGUAACUUGAAGAUUUUUUGGACUCUGGCUAAACACCAGGAUGAGAGUGCAGUGGCAGUGCUUGUGUUCACCUUGGCCACAGACCCCAAGUGUCGUACGUUACACGAACAGGUCUGUGUGAGGAAAUGAGCAACGGGAAGUAAAAUGCAGAAACUGCACUCUGCUUUGCGGACUCAACUUACCCCUAACAUGUCCAGGAAGCUGGACAUGGACUCGGUGCAAUUCUUUGACUGCUUUUUGUGUCAAAUUAUAUCGUGGUGAAAAACAGUGACAACUAUUUUUCCCUAUCCCGAAGAAAAGUAUUUUUGUUUAUUCUGUGUUUUUCCCUUUGGAAAAUUUCCAUUGUACAUUUCAUUCGCUAAUAGUUGUUAUUUUUCACAAGGAAAAUGUUGUGGUUACAAUUAUGUUUGAUACACCUGUACUACAGUUCUCAUUAUUUUCAGUAAAUCUUAUUUAGUUACGUGUUGACUUUCGAUUAUGAAUCCUGUCUCAAGGUAAUGUUUGUGUUCUACAGAAUUGCUCCAGUGUUAUCUAGGGUACCCUCCAGUACGAGAGUUAGCGGAUCUUCGGGAGUGGGCUUGUGUUAGACACUGCUUGACUUUCUAAGGGAGAAAAGUAAUUUCCUACUAAACUAGCACUUGAUGAACUGACUUUCGAAGUAAAAAUCUAACUCCAUUAUACGCUUUGACAACUACACUGGCAAUUAGACUCUGAGCAGUGUCAGGCACAGGCCUGUCCUGGGACUGGAAGUGGCGGCGCUCUGCUGUUGGUGCCUUCCCAUGCUUCACACGCCGCCGUAGCUCGCUCCCAGGUGGGGACCGGCGUCGCAAGUAGCUUAGCGAGACAGCGAAUGUAUUAGGUUAACGUGACCUGGUGGUUAUUUGUGUUUGCCAACAGGAUGCCUUAUUUGUUCGAGAAAAAGACUAGUGUCGUUCUAAACUCGCUCCUUUUGUAGGAUUCAAAGAUGUUAAUCAUCGUGCUUUGGCCGAUUUUCCCACCACGUAGUGCCUUAAGCCCCGUCAGAGCAGGUCACUGCUCAGGCCCAGAUCCACGCGUGUGUGGACAGCGCCAUCCCGUCGUCUAGAUUCUAUGUUAACAAGGCCAACUUCUUCUAUUUCUGUACUAAAACCUCAGUAAACUGGCAGAGAAUCAGAGGUAACAUGUGACUGGAUUUGAGAAUAAAGCCUUGUAGCACUGGGUGAAAAAAACAAG